AUGUGCCUCCCCCUGGUCUUUAAACAUUCAAAACUUUUGAUAUCGACCGAUCCGAGACAUCCCAGGUGGUAUAGCAGACAACUUGAACGCUUAGAAAGAUCGACUGCCCUUUCAGAAAGUGCGCAUGCAAAUCUGGUUCGCAUAUUGACUCUCAGCUACGAUCACAAAAUCACUCGCAGGGCAACAGAUGAGGAUAGUGCGGCUAUGAAAAUCCUUUACCCUCGCUUUAUCGACACCUGUCUCAAGAUACUCCCCAGUUUUCCCAACCUGCGUGUCGUGCACAUCUCUGGAAACAAGAAUGUGGAUAAAGAGAUAAUGGUUGCCUUAUCUGCUUUACCCAACCUCGAUGAACUAGACAUAUCGCCAGCCGAAUUCGGCGUGCAUAAACUACCGAAAGGGGUGCGUGUACAGGUUCGGAAGCUUGAAAUAUACAGUACCCAUGACUACAAUCCGAACAAAGCCGCUACCACUCUCGAUGUCUUCUGCGGCCAACGUCUCGAGGAGUUGAUAGUAUUUUCUAACGCGUAUACGCCUAAAAUAACGAAAUCGUUGAUGGCUCAGAACAACUGUACUCUUCUCAAAUCCAUCCAUCUAAGGCUGCGUCAGCACCAGUUUGCAGCGCUUGUCCCUUUUUUUAUAUCUGCCUCGAGUCUUGAAUCUAUCCACCUUGGUUUUGCUGUACGCCACGAUGAACCUUGGAUCGAAAUUCCCCGUCCCCCUCCACUACCAACAUCCGCUUUGAAGCGUUUGACAUCCUUCUCUGGGAACGACGUACCUAUUAUGACGAUCGUUCCAAGGCGACCAGUUAAAAGACUUGCAAUUUCGAAAUUGCCUCCUGCGACAAUUUUACCGCCUUCUAUGCUACCUAGAGAAUCAAAAAUUGUACUUGCUGAUCUUUUGCGUACAGACCCAAGUCUCCGACUGACACAUCUGGAGUUCAAUGAUGACUACGGCGAUGACGUUAUGGAGGUUGAUAUUCUCGAAUCCGUCGUCCUUCAUGCUCCCUAUAUCUCCUCUCUGUCUUUGAGCAUUGGCGUCAAUGGCGGGCCAAGAAUACUUGGUGAUCCUUUUGACGAAACCCUUGAAGUGACAGUCGACGACGUUGACCUCAUUGGUUAUACGGAUAGGGAAAUGAUAAGCCAUCACGAAUACCAAUACCUGGCACAGUUCAAACGACACGAGGAUUUUAUGGUGCGUAACAAGUACCCACAUUACGAUAACCAAAAGCUCAAUAUUGUCGCAGAGAGCAAUGCAUUGGAUAGCUGUACAUAA